GGCUGGGGAGCCGGCGUCACGUGACAUGGCCCGGAAGCGGCUGUCCAGGCAACUAAAAAAUGAUGGCUAGGGGUCGGCGUUGAGGCUGUGCGUGGUGGGUUGAGCUGGAACCAGAGCCCGGGCCGGACAGGGCCGAGCGCUACCAUGUCCACGCAGAGACUUCGGAAUGAAGACUAUCAUGACUACAGUUCCACUGACGUGAGCCCUGAAGAGAGCCCCUCUGAAGGCCUUGGCAACUUCUCUUCUGGCUCCUACCAACGCUUAGGGGAGAACAAUAGCACUACAUGGUUGCAGACCUUGAUCCACCUGCUAAAAGGCAACAUUGGCACCGGACUCCUGGGGCUGCCACUGGCAGUGAGAAAUGCAGGCCUCUUGUUGGGUCCUCUUAGCCUGCUGGUGAUUGGCAUCGUGGCCGUGCACUGCAUGGGUAUCCUGGUGAAGUGUGCUCAUCACUUGUCCCGCAGAAUAAACAAACCCUUUUUGGACUAUGGGGACACAGUGAUGUACGGACUAGAAUGCAGCCCCACAGCCUGGGUCCGGAGCCACUCCCAUUGGGGAAGGCACAUCGUGGACUUUUUCCUCAUUGUCACUCAGCUGGGAUUCUGCUGCGUCUACUUUGUGUUUCUGGCUGACAAUUUUAAACAGGUGAUAGAGGCAGCCAACGGGACCACCAACAACUGCCAAAGCAAUGAGACUGUGGUCCUGAUGCCCACCAUGGACUCUCGACUCUACAUGCUCUCCUUCCUUCCCUUCCUGGUGCUGCUGUCUUUCAUCAGGAACCUGCGCGUGCUGUCCAUCUUCUCCCUGCUGGCCAACAUCAGCAUGCUGGUCAGCCUGAUCACCAUCUACCAGUUCAUCGUCCAGGGGAUCCCAGACCCUGGCCACCUCCCCUUGGUGGCUCCAUGGAAGACCUAUCCUCUGUUCUUUGGCACGGCAGUUUUUGCUUUUGAAGGCAUCGGUGUGGUUCUACCCCUUGAGAACAAAAUGAAGGACUCACAGAAGUUUCCAAUUAUCCUGUACUCUGGGAUGGCCCUUGUCACUGUACUCUAUAUCAGCCUGGGGAGCCUGGGGUACCUGCAAUUUGGAGAUGCUAUUAAAGGCAGCAUCACACUUAACCUGCCCAAUUGCUGGUUGUACCAGUCUGUGAAGCUGCUGUACUCCAUAGGCAUCUUCUUCACAUAUGCUCUCCAGUUCUACGUUGCAGCUGAGAUCAUCAUCCCGGUCAUUGUGUCCCGAGUGCCUGAGCGUUUUAAGCUAAUAGUGGACCUUUGUGUGCGCACUGUGAUGGUCUGCAUAACAUGUGUUCUGGCCAUCCUCAUCCCACGCCUGGACCUGGUCAUCUCCCUGGUGGGCUCCAUGAGCAGCAGCGCCCUGGCCCUCAUCAUCCCGCCCCUGCUGGAGGUGAUCACCUUCUAUGGGGAGGGCUUGAGCCCCCUGGCCAUCACCAAGGAUGCCCUUAUCAGCAUCCUAGGCUUCCUGGGCUUCGUGGUGGGGACCUACGAGUCUCUGUGUGAGCUGAUCCAGCCAAGCCAUGGUGACACCUCUACCAAUUCCACCAGUGCCUUCAUAUAAGGAUCUGGGUGUGUUCCCUGCACCUGCCCAGCCCCACCCUUGUGUGUCUCCCAGUAGUGUCCCCUCAGCCUCAGGUAUGGUUCAGCCUCUGGAGAAAGGCUGGGUUGCUGCCUGGGCACUCCUCCAUCUGGCAUUGGACCCUUAGGUACCUUGGGCUAGGUGAGACCGAGUUGUGGGGGAGGGUGGGGAGCAGACACUCCACUUGUGGUGGUGCAGUCUCUGCUUUCCUUCAUCAUGCCCCCCUCCCCCAGCACUGGCCUUCCUCACCUGACCUGCCACACCUAAACUAUUCCCAUCGCACAGCUCACUUUAUUUACUAGGUAGUGUCCUGCUCCUGACCUUUGCCCCUUCCCAGGGCCAAGGCCAGAUUAAAUAAGCGGGGACUCUGACGUUUUAUAAAGCCAGGCCUCUUUCUCAUCGGGCUCCCAAAUGCUGUGUACCUCACUCUCCCACCCAGCUGAGUCCAGAGAGGCUUCUGGAUUUCCCGACCCACAGGCCACACCACCUCUUCUCUCAUUUCCUCUGUGUAGGUCAUAAUACUGCCCUCCUGAUUCCUUUAGCUCUUAAAGAUAAUGAGAUGCUGCCCAGAUUGGAGGUAUUUAUAAUUUAUUGAAGCUUAGGUUUUGGGAUCUGACUUCAGACCUGGCAUCAUGGUGGACCACUUCUCCCCCAGCAGCUUGCACAUGGCUUCUCCUGCCACAAAGAAACCUGAUCCAGGGGACCAUGGAUGUCCUUCACCCUCUUGGCUGAGUGGCCUAGGGGCCAUUCUUUUUGUUUGUUUUGUCUUGUUUUUUUGUUUUUUGAGACACAGUCUCAUGUCACCAAAGUUGGCUUUGAACUUUUCUAUGUCAAGGGUGACCUUGAACUCUUAGUCCUCAUGCCUCUGCCUCAGGUAUUGAGAUUGCUAUCUUGAGCCGCCACACCCAGUUGGCUCAGAGACCUUAAACAGAUCAUGUGAGCAUACACCCCCCCCCAUAGGAGAUCCAUGCAUGUGUGGACUUCCAUUUAUGAGACUGUAUCCAUAUGGGCAUUCGGAAGUACUUGUGGUGUGCUGGCUGAGGACAGAGGUGUGGGUUCUAACUUAGACACAACACACAAGGGUCAUUGUUUACAGUUCCUGGGAGAGAGCAGAAGUCCUGCCUUGCCCCAGGCUGCCUCUGUAUCUUGGGCUUCCAAGGAACCACUAAACACUAACUGUGACCUAUCUCCACCCUGCAUCAUGCCUCCUGUAGAAUCACAUGGCUUCUAGAUCAGUCUCCUCAGGGUGGGCCUUUGAGGCAGCUAAGAAAGUCUGUAGCUUGCCACUGCUCCCCUGUUGGUGUAAGAAGGAUUUUCAAAGGGCAGUCAAUAGCUCCCCAUACCUGAGUUGUGUGUGUGACUGCACACAUAUGUGUGUAUGCACACGUGCAUACAUGGCAGAGUGGUUCAUGUGUCCUCCAUCCUGGUUACCAGGCUCUCACCUAGAGACAGGAUUUGCCUUGAACCUUGGUUUAUAGAGAAAGGAGCAAGAAUUUAACAGGGUCUUGCUUUUGUGUUUGACAGAAGCUAGAAGGGCUAUGGCCCUAGCUUGCAGCCAAGCCCUUUCCUGCUGUUCUGUCCAAAGUCUGCCGAGUAACUUCCAGGUCAAAGGAUGGGAAGUGUGGCCUCUGGCUUACAACAGCAACAACUGUGGAUGUCCAAGCAGUGAUGCUAGGAGAAGGCACUGCUGUCUUGCAGGUCCUUAGCCCCUAGGAAAGCAGUGCUUUUUUACCCUUUCUGCUCAUUAGCAUCUCCAAGGGUGCUUAUAUGGCCAGGUGCCAGCCAGCUGGGCUUCACACAUGCCUUGCUUUGGGAAGUCUCCAGCUGGAAAAUGCCCAAAGUAGGUUCUGAUACUGACCUGCUAUUUCUGGGCUUGGGUUCUAGCAACCAGCUGUGGGUCAGGCUCUCUCCUAGAAGCCACCUGAACAUGGAUGGAUUCCUGGUUGGAGGGACAUUGUAUUCAGAACCGUUAGAGGCACCCCUAUCCAGGUGGCUUUGGAAGUCAAGACCCAACGCACAAGGCCAGCUGUCUUUUCAGGGUCCUGGCAUGAGACCAUGUGGAGUGCCUUCUUUAGUAUUGGGCUAGUGGAAGCUUCCUUGGUGUGACCUCUUGCUGUGCUCCCAAGACACUGGCAGUUUGGUGGCUUGACUCUUUCAGGAAGACCAGGACCUUUUUGGAUGGACACCAGGCAGCUGCUAAGCAAGUAGUCCCAGGCUGUGCAGCACACAGCCUAAGGGCUCACAUGAACCUUCCCUCAGGGUCCUCCCAGCCUCUUCUGCCAUCAGGUGGGAGCCAGGUGGCACCUGGUGAGAAAACACUCAGAACAGUAAGGCUUUGUGAAGAGGAAGCCUGCAUCCAGAUGCCCUAAGGGCAGACAGGCUGCCUGGUCCUUGCCUAUACCCGAAGUUCAGAGACCCUGUUAUCCCAGACUUGAAUGUGAGUACUUGCUGGGAAGAUGUGAUCCAGCCUAUGUAGCUCACCCUGCCCUUACUAGUGGCAUCAUUUGUAAUGUGCUGCUGUCUGGGUCAGGAGAGGUGAGGGUUAGCUUAGCCCCACCCACCUUGCCUCCCUAGCCACCCCUAUGGAAGGUGCUCACCUUUGGAAGUCAUGGGUUUAGUGUGAUCAGUUGUCUGAAGGCAGAUCCCAGAGCUUGUCCUUAGGCUUUCUCAUCCUCAGAUUUCUCCCUCUCUUCAGUGUCAUGUCUUUGGAUCCUUCCAGGAAGUACAGAGCUUUGAUCAUGUUUACAGCAUUCUCCGUCCUCUGUAUACACCGAGGGCGCUGGACAUGGGUUUGCUUUCUCUACUGGCCAGCCCCAGCCACCACUCCCACUGGGACACUGAGACUUGCUUGAGACCUGCUACAGGAACCAGACAGAGUGGUGGGACAUGGUAAUCAGCAGGGUGGCGCCAAGCCGACUUUAGAAUUUCAUUUUCUAAAGUACAUUACAAAUCAGAGGCCAUUAGGGGAAAGCAAGCCGUCUGGCUUGUCUUUGAAAUUGUGGUCAAUACUUGAAGGCACUUUAGUCCUGCUGGUUACGCCAGCUUCCGCCUGAUUGGUUCCUUCCUUUUCUGUGUACCCGGAGUCAUUCCUGGUCAGGGACAUUAAACUGUCCCCACAGGCAGAUAUCAGAAAAAAGAAGUGAGCAAUGGGCUAUAAGGUGCAUGGUGUUUGUCCUUUGAUUUAAAUCAAGGUGAUGUUGAAGAAACUGUUUUCUUUCUCUCUUUUUAAUGAAAAAUAAGAUUCCAUGUCUGUGUUGUAAACUGUCAGUGAACGUUCGAAUCAAGGAACAAGAGAACUGCCGUACAGAGUCUUGAGAGCUAGACAGCACUGUGUGUCACGCGCCUCCUCAGAUGCGAUUUCAGUAGGGCGAUCGUACAUAUGUGGGUCAUGUCAGAACGUCUAGGUCUCAGUUGGGUUGAACACAUGGAUCUUGAUGUGUUAAAUUUCCUCUUCAAUAAAUGAAUUUUAUUUUUUAUUUUUGAGAA